UCCAAACUAGACUGGAAAUUAUACUUGAAAUGCAGCACCCAUCACUUUCCUACCAGCCCAUGGAAGAUGAGUCACCGCAGCAUGUUGUUGGCACAGGUCAGACCGGGGAUACUCAGCAACUGACGGGGAUGGCGGCGUCGCCGGUGUUUCCAAACUUGACGCAGCCCAAGAAAACUCUUCCGAGGAAAGCCAUCGUCAUCAUCUGCAGCUUUGAGAUUGCGAUCGGUAUCAUCAUCAUGGUCUGCGAAAUUGUACUUAUAGGGGCAGACGGCAUCGUCAUGAAAGUUGGCACAGGGAUCUGGGUUGGACUGUUCUACGUUGUCGCAGGAGCGGUCGGAAUUGUGGCCGCUAAGAAAGUGAACAGCGAUGACGGUGAGAGUGCUGGCAAUCCGAACUUGCCUGCGUAUCACACGAAUGUUAGAUCUGAGAAGCACAGAGGCUAUGUCGUAGCGUUCAUGGUGUUAAGCAUCAUAGCAUCCAUAGCAUCUGCUGUAUUGUUGAUAAUGUGUCCGAUACAAUUGCUUAUUAAUAGUUUUGCGUAUCCUGGUUAUCGGUGUCACGACGAUCACAGUUACCAUAACGACGCGUACGAUUAUGCUCUCGCCAAUGACCCUAACGCGACGAACUUCUACAGAUACGAUGACCACGAAGACGACUCGUUUUGUCCUUUGAGGCUCGUGUUUGACAUUCUGAUUGUUGUCAUGACGAUCUUAGCUGGAAUCAAUGGUUGUCUUUUCAUCACGUGCGCAGCCCUGUGUUGCCGAUCUGUCUGUUGUCAACGCAAGCCUGCAGCUGUGGUAGUUUGCUAUGUCAGUGACGACCCCAUGCAGUCAGGGCAGAUGAUUCAGCUUCCACUGGGUAGUGUUCAGCCCGUGAGAGCAUAAAACGGAGUAUAGAUGUUCGUAUUUGGUAUGUCUUCACUCACACAACAUGUAACUGGCGUGUUAACUUAAAUACUGUAUAUGCU